AUGAUGCAAAAAUCGCGACUUGGUCUCUUCCUCAUUGCUCUUCUUAUUAUUCAAACCACCGACGCUUUCGAUAUUUCAAUCGAAAAAUCCGGCGCCCGUGGCACUUAUUAUCGAUUUUGGUUCGUCUACGCGUGUAUUUCGGCGGUGAUGACCGUAAUCCUGGCAAUUUCCAUUUCGAUUUCAAUGUGUCGACGGUAUAAGUUGGUGGCCGGUCAGGAGCAGGAGGUGGGCGGAGUCUGA